UCCGGCGCCUGCAGCCCCGCGGAGUCUGGCUGGGCCCCCUCGGCGGCCCAGGCGGCGAAAAGUUGUGUUCUAACCAAGACCCAGACCUUUGCAGGAGCCACGCAGCUUCGGGGUUGGUGUCACCAUGAACGCCUCGGGCAGCCUGGGGGGCGAGAACGCAAGCCAGGAGGGCGGCGAGGUUGGCUGGCAGCCAGAGGCGGUCCUCGUGCCCCUGUUCUUCGCGCUCAUCUUCCUCGUGGGCACCGUGGGCAACGCCCUGGUACUCGCUGUGCUGCUGCGCGGCGGCCAGGGGGUCAGCACCACCAACCUGUUCAUCCUCAACCUGGGCGUGGCCGAUCUGUGCUUCAUCGUGUGCUGCGUGCCCUUCCAGGCCACCAUCUACACUCUGGAGGGCUGGGUGUUCGGCUCCGGGCUCUGCAAGGUCGUGCACUUCCUCAUCUUCCUCACCAUGCACGCCAGCAGCUUCACCCUGGCCGCAGUCUCCCUGGACAGGUAUUUGGCCAUCCGCUACCCGCUGCAUUCCCGCCAGCUGCGCACUCCUCGAAAUGCGCUGGCGGCCAUCGGGCUCAUCUGGGUGCUGGCGCUGCUCUUCUCCGGGCCCUAUCUGAGCUACUACCGCCAGUCGCAGCUAGCCAACCUGACUGUGUGCCACCCAGCCUGGAGUGCGCCUCGCCGCCGCGCCAUGGACCUCUGCACCUUCGUCUUCAGCUACCUGUUGCCGGUGUUGGUUCUUGGCCUGACCUAUGCACGCACCCUGCGCUACCUCUGGCGCGUUGUAGACCCUGUGGUUGCAGGAUCUGGUGCCAGGUGCGCCAAGCGCAAGGUGACUCGCAUGAUCGUCAUCGUGGCGGCGCUCUUCUGCCUCUGUUGGAUGCCUCACCACGCGCUUAUUCUCUGCGUGUGGUUCGGCCACUUCCCCCUCACACGUGCCACUUACGCCCUGCGUAUCCUCUCGCACCUGGUUUCCUAUGCCAACUCCUGCGUUAACCCCAUAGUCUAUGCGCUGGUCUCUAAGCACUUCCGCAAAGGCUUCUGCAAGAUCUGCGCAGGCCUGCUAGGUGGUACUCGGCGGCGCCAAGCCUCUGGCCCAGCGUGCGUGGCGUCACUGGGCAUUCACAAUGGCAGCGUGCUGGAGCGUGAGUCUACCGAACUGACGCACAUGAGCGAAGAGGCCAGGGGCCCGUGUCCCUGUCCUGAUUCCUUCCAGCUGCACAGUCCCUGGACCAUCAAAAUGCCUCCAACAAGAUCUUGACCAUUAACAUGACCUCAAUCCUCAAGGCACUUAAGCCUGUAACUUUGGGCAUUUUAAGAGUUGGAGGCAGAGGCUGGAGACUGUGAGAGUUUCAUCUAUUAACCAAAAGUAAAAACCAUUUCACCCAGUGACUUGCUCUGUCCAAACAACACAUUGUGAAGGCCCAUGAGGAAAAGACUCUAGAACUUCACAGGGGAUUCCUGAUGGAUGGGUGAAGGGCACUUUGCUGUUGGGGCAAAGGGAAUGUCCACACUGAGUUCAGCAGCCUUAAAAUAAAAGUGUCUAUCUGGAGCUGGGGAGUGAAGGACCACCAACACGCUUCACAUGUGGUUGUUAGAGGCAGCAGGUGUAUGUGGACUGCUGAACCAUCAGCCAGUGUACAACAGAGGUAGGCAGAGUAUUUAAAUGUUCAAUAAAGUCCUUGACAAAUGUAAACACUGCGUGUUCCUAGUUGCAUUCAUGCACAAAUUCCUAACUGGUCC